CAGCCUAACCUAUGCACUAUUAGCUAAUGAUCAUUAUGGCAGCCUUGACCCCAUGAGGCCGACUCUCUGUUAUGAUGGUGAUACUCAUGGCUACAGUGCUGUACGGAGGAUUGAUGUUGUGUCCAGUGGAGGGAGCUGAAAUCUAAUCAAGAACUUAGGGAUCAAGAUAUAAUUAUAAUAAUUACAUAAACAAGAAUGAAUAAUACAGUAGGAGAUGUAUACACUGAGGAAUUGGCCGAGCUGUUCCAACAACAAGGUCAGCUGCUGUACGAUGGUCAACACAGCCUCUGUCUCACUACACCGUGUCUGCACUUUCUACAGAAGAGGUUCUCAGCCAUUCAAGAAAGAUCGACAGACCCAGUCCCGGUCAAGUUUGCAGUGUUACAUUGUCUCCAAGGCUGCCUGGCUAAAGUGGUAUCUCUGAAACUGAUCACAGACAAACAUAUGACUCUAGUGUCCACAGCUACCCUCAACCUGGAACCAUUCAGAGCACUGCACACAUUAGUGUUAAAGAAGGUGUCUUUGGUGAGUGUGACUGGUCUACAGAGACUACGCAGUCAACUGAGGGUACUCGUCAUACAGCGUUGCCAUGUCAACAACAUUGAUGAUGUCAUUGUCAGGUGUGGAGGUGAUGACUCUACUUCGUUUGUGUGGGACAGCCUGAGGGAAUUGGACCUCUCCAGUAACCACAUAAGCCAGCUAGGGGACUCGUUGCAAUACCUCCCCGGUAUGGAGAAAGUCAACUUCAGUAACAAUUAUAUCAGCUCUGAGGGUUGGGAAAGCGCCUCACUGGCCGAGGUUCAAAGUUCAACUAUCGGAGGUCAGGGUCCAUCUAACGAAAGUAUUGUCAAUGCUACCAUCACCAACUCAUACGAAGGAAUCGUGUGCCUGGAGAAGGUGACGUUUCUUCAUCUUGGGUUCAACAAGUUGAGAGUAGUCCCACGGUUUGCCAGUAAGGCCAAGUACACACUCACUGUGCUCAACCUCAGGAACAACCAACUGGACACUAUUGAAGGUGUUCAUGAGUUGGAUCGUUUGGCUGAGCUUGACUUGACAGACAACCUCAUAAUGAAACACAGCUGUCUGAGUCCGUUGAAGAACCUGCAUCACCUCUCAUUGCUUAAUCUCCAAGGCAACCCGCUAUGCUAUCAUCCCAAACAUCGAUUGAAGACGGCACAAUACCUGUCUAACCUGAUUGACAAGAAUGCAUUUCGAUUGGAAGGGAAGAAGCUAUCUGCUACUGAAAAGAAGGAAAUUUCUAACUUCCUCACCCACUAUUCUGGUAGUCCAUCGUUUGUGAUCCGAAGCUCUGCCUCUAUCCCUGUGGCCACACCCUCUCAACACAGCUAUGUGGGUGUGGCUAGCCCAGCUGCCGAGAAUGUUCAGGGAACAACACCAACAGAACGAUUCUCUAAAGCACUGUCGAUCAAUGUACUCCAGGAAGAGAGAGUGGCCGCAAAGAAACCUCGACGAAAGAAAAGUUCAAAGUCUGUCAAGAUAUUUGACUCUGAUGAGAACCAGUCGCCUGAGGACACAGCUGGCAAAGAAGAGCUGACCGUGGGAUCUGUUCCACUGAUGAAUGAGAAGCACUUGAACAAGAUCAAGUUAGUGCGGAAGCAGCUCGAGGCUGAUUGGAUCAAGACUAUCAACGCUGUUGAGAGCUCAUCCACUACGGACAUAUCAUCUAACCAGUUGUUUGUUGCCUCCGCUCAAGCCCCGCCCUCUCCCAAACAUUCCACUCCCAUCAGAAAAUCAUCGCUCAAGAAACGAGACAGUUUGGACCAAUCAGUGUGUGGAAAAGUACGAGAGAGGAAGUCUUCCCGAGGAAAGAGACGAAAGCGUGUAGGUGUGCCUAGUGUGAGGGCGGCAGAGUGUGAGGGUGUGAGUGGUGGAGAGCAAGAGGAAGUGGACCCAAUGACAUUCACACCCGUAGAUCGAGUACCCACCCCCAGCCAUAUCGAGGGCGAUUACUUCCUGGUCGAACGUUAUGAGAGUGACGUAGAGGACGAUGACAGUCUAUCCACUAGUGGGCGUGGUCUAGGCCAUAGUGGGCGUGGAUGGCCUGUACAGGGGAGCAGGGACAGUCAGAUGUUGAUAGUACUCACUGAAAGAUUCAUUGAAGAACAAACUGCUAAAGGAAAGCAUAUCGAUCGUUGGGAUGUAAACAGUUUACUGGAGGCGUCCAUCGACAAGAGGCCUUGGAAGAAGGGGGCGGCCGGAGAAGCGAAUAUUCUGUUGCUCAAGUUCAACCUGGACCGACGUGAUCGGUGCAAGAGAGAGUACGUGUUACUAGAGGAAGGUGUCAAUGACGACCUGUUGGGGAACCUCAACGCAAUAGUGGAGCAGAACCAAGCCACCCUGUCAGUGGAGAACAAGCUGGAGUGUCUUCACUGCCAGCGUAUAUUCGACAAGUCUCAGGCUCAGGAGGAGGUCUCUAAUGACACCACACCCCUUCCCCUCGGCAGUUACAAGAACAGAUCCUUGGCCACUCUUGUGUGCCCCUUCUGUCAGAGCCAGGUGCUGCAGAUCGCUACAUCACUGAGCUCCAAGUCCUACAAAGGUGCUCCCUCGUACUCUCCCAGCCCUCGUCUGACUACAAUUCAAACCACACCCCCUAGCAACACCCGUAACGGCAUUGUCAUCCCUAGCAACGAACGAAAAGCAGGCUUUGAAAUAUCCCCCUCCCAUCCUUCGAGAGAAGACGGUUUAAAAUCAACAACCACCACAGAAAUCAAUGGAGAAGCAAUUUUCAGCACCACACACACUAGUACAAAAAAUGAUGACUCGCUGCAAAAAGAUGAGCUACAAAACUCAAUUGAUAGUACCCACUCCUCCGGAGGUUUUGAAACACACCCGUUCGAUUUCACAGGUAGCGAUAAACUUUCGAGUGAUCCGACCGGCGAUUUGUCUCCAUGGAAACCUGAUAACUCUCGUACAAGAGCCAGAGCAGGUGCCGUGUGCGUGUCAACAGAGCAAGCCUCGACGCUUCAGGACAGCUUCAAACAACACCAUCAAUUGCACGAGGAAGUGAGGAAAAGCAGUCCAGAAAUUGUGAGAAAAAACAGCCAAGAAGUGACAACGAAACGCAGCGAGGUAUCACCAACAAACGAAACAGAAGUGAUUGAAAAUGCGUCCACAAAUCCGUUUGAUUCCCCACCACCGUUGUCGUCUAGUUACAGCUCGUCCAAAAGAGAUAAGUAUUUCAGUGAUGUCGUUCCAAAAGUUCCUGACAUUGAAAUCUCGACUAGCGUACCAUCUGGGGCACACUUCACCACUUACAUGGCGGACAAUACGCCCACUCUUUCAGAGUCGACAGAAUCGACGGAAUCUCAUGCCAGUCACAAUCGCUCCAAAAGUGUCGAUUAUCAUCCUCGUAAAGCACUCAACACCACCCCUCCAUCCCAGCGAAAGAAAUAUCCUGAUCCUUACUCGAGUCGAGAUGAAGACCAUACCCAUCGCCACACCCACUCCCUAGGCUCAGUGAAAGAAGGCGAAUCUCUCAGAACAGGUCUUGACUCUAAUCCGGCCUCGUAUAGUAGCUCCAAGAAAAGCUCGUUAGUUUCCCUUGACGACAGGGACUCCCCCUAUUUAGGCAGACACGAUGUGGAGCAUUCCUCUCAAGGAUAUAUCUCGAGCGAAAAUGAAAAAAAAUCGAAGCAAAAUUCACGCCAUAAACGGCACGCUUCUGGAGACACUGGAAAAGAUACGUGGGAGAAUUUCUUCGGUUCCGGUGAGUCUAGAAAGAGGGGUUCGUUUGACAGAGGGUACAGUUCCAGCGAAGCCUCACAGCGAUCGUCACAUUCCAACAAGGGGAACCUAUCUAGUGAAGGCAGCAAACAACGACAAAACACCGUACAUCGGGUGCGUAGUCAAGACGAUAUCAAGGACCCUCGGAAAACACAUAGUGACAAUGCUAGCCGUCGCCGUGGAGACGCGGGGAGCUCAUCCGAAGAACAGAGACUAACAAAAACCCUUUACAAAGAAGAGGACCCGACUUACAUUGAGAGCAAUCUCAACUUGUUUUUGGACAUGGAAAUAUUCAAUUUAGACAAAAAGGAAUCGUUUGAGAUGGUGUUCAGAGCGCCUGUGGUGCAGUACGGGCGCACUACGGAGAUGCCAGCUCUUGUCGUCAUUUCCAACCUUUCUCUCUACAUCUUCAGAGUGACCGCUCCUGAAAACUCUGAUCCCAGCAAGUGGCUGGAACUGGUGUCUAACCAUCUCUUAAGGCGACUGGUAUACAUCGACAUAGGGGUGGGCUAUCAGCUGUUGAGGCUGGAGUUCCGUACGGACCAGCUGGCGUGUUAUUCGUUCAUACUGAGAGACGAGGACAAGUGCACAAUCAUCUCCACUAAACUAGCAUUCAUAGUGUCUGAUGUGGCCAACUCCUCGUUCAAGACAGUGGGGGUGUGUCCCUUCUCCAUGGAGACCAUCAGAUACCCAAAGAGAGCAUUGAAAGAAGUGCUGAUGGUUGAUUAUGAACAGUUGAGUGGGCGGAGCACGCCCACUCGAGGAGGUCGCCACACCCCCACACUGGGACCAGGCAGUCGUCCAGGGUCCUCUCUCGCCCGUUCCCAUGACGAUGACGAGCUUGUACUAUACAGACUAGUCCACAAGAGAGUAUCCGCUAGAUCACAAGCCUCGGGUCCCACUCCGGUAUCACUGAUAAUUACGAAGACGACCAUUUUCCUAGCAAAAGAGAACUUCACUCAUUGGCCAUUGCCACGGAUACACGAGCUCCCGCCACGUGACUCCCUCCGACCUUCGUACAGUGAGGUACAACAGAGGAGCGUCACUGACAUCGAUCAGAUUGUGUUGGACAGAGACCAAGCUACACAAGUCACCAUCCGCUUCUUCAAAGAAUGCAUCCUGGAGGGUGAGGACCGCUACUGGCUGUUGGUAAUGAGGAAGGUCAGCUGUGUGGAGAAGUUAGUCUCCUCUGUGAGUGCUCUCUGGAGAACGGCCUUCGAAACUGACUUGCCUAUAAUUCACAAGUAAUUCUAUUUUAAUUUAUGGGAUGCUGAUAAAAUGUUCAGUGUGAACAUGUAUAUAAUUUAUAAUUAUUGCAAAUGUGUGUUUAAAACUGGAAAA